AGGCAGGUGGCAGAUGGAGAAAAGAGGAACCAUAUAUAUAAGAUGUCGCGCACGUUCUUGCUCGUCCAAACAGUCUCUUCGUGUCUGUUCGGUGCCCCACUCUCGUCUUCGUCGUCCAAGCUCCGCUAUCGCUCUCCCAUGGCGACCUCGGUUCGAAUCGCAGUCGUCGGAGACGUCCAUGACUGUUGGAAUCUGCAAGAAGAUACAAAGGCUCUUCAGUUGUUGAAGCCGGAUCUGGUGCUGUUUACAGGUGAUUUUGGGAAUGAGAAUGUUGAACUUGUCAGAAGCAUUGCAGACUUAGAAAUUGCUAAAGCUGUUAUAUUGGGAAACCAUGACGCCUGGAGUACCCAGCAAUUUGCUCAAAGGAGGAAGGACCGAGUCCAGCUGCAACUGGAAUGCCUUGGUGAAGAGCAUGUAGGCUACAGACGAUUGGAUUAUCCUAUGUUAAAGCUAAGUAUUGUUGGUGGACGGCCAUUUUCUUCUGGAGGUCAGCAGUUGUUCAGGAAAAGGCUUCUGGCUACAAGAUUGGAAUUUCCUGUUAGAUAUGGAGUCCAUGACAUGGAUGGGAGCUCAAAGAGAAUUUAUGAAGCUGCUUUGGGCACACAAGAGGAUCAUUCUGUUAUAUUUCUGGCUCAUAAUGGUCCCACAGGUCUAGGAUCUAAUGUGAACGACAUCUGUGGGAGAGAUUGGGUGUUCGGAGGUGGUGAUCAUGGCGAUCCAGACUUGGCACACGCCAUUUCCCGCUUGAAGGAGACAACCAAAUUAUCUAUCCCUUUGGUUGUGUUUGGCCACAUGCAUAAAGAUCUGGCUGACGGAAAUGGUCUCAGAAAGAUGAUAGUGGUUGGUGCUGACAACACUGUAUACCUGAAUGGUGCCAUUGUUCCUAGAGUAAAAGAGUUGGGUAAUGAACACGCCACCUACAGCAGAAGCUUUAUGAACAAUGAAACGCCACUUAGCAAUCAAAACGCGGAAGGCACGGUGAGAGCUUUUACUUUGGUAGAGAUGUUGGACGGGAAGUUGGAGAAGAUUGUAGAAACUUGGGUUUCUGUUAUUGGACAAAGGGCUGCCUUAGAAGAGGAGAGCAUUAUAUAUGGUAGGGGUCCAGAGGCUCUGAGAGCGCUGUGUAGUGGGUUGAGUUUCAAUAAUUAGCUCCUUACGUACUCUGAAAAACCUGGGUUUUUACCCUAAUUCAUGCUCUGUAUAUCAUUCGGAUCAAACUCUGGUGGUUUUAAUUCUGUUUUGUAAUCCAGACACUUUUUUAAAGUA